AUGAAUUAUCAAACAGGAAACGCCACGGACAUCGGCAAUACCUAUGUGCAUUGGAUGCUCGAUAGAAGAUCAAAGACAAGCUCAAUCAGGGGCUUUGAGGCUGAACGACCGACCUUGAGCUGGACAACUUCUAUGCUUCCUCCCGCAGCACGAAGAGGAAAAGCAGUCGAUACAAUACCCGCCAAGCAUCUUCACUCCUCAUUCAACAAACACCGUGCCCCUGUAAAUGUCGUGACAUGGACACCAGACGGACGCCGACUAGUGACAGGAAACACGAGUGGUGAAUUGACGCUUUGGAAUGGAACUGGCUUCAAUUUUGAGACUAUCUUUCAAGCACAUGCAGAUCCGAUCCGAGCCGCCGUCUACUCUCAUAGCGACGAGUGGCUCAUUUCGGCUGAUCAGCUUGGAGGUGUCAAGUAUUACCAAAGCAACUUCAACCCAGUCACGGAAUUUGAUGCACAUGGCGAUGCUGUCAGAGAUCUCGCCUUUUCGCCGAACGACUCCAAGUUUGUAACAGCUUCAGAUGACGCUAGCUUGAAGAUUUGGGAUUUCGCGAGCAGUCAGGAGGAAUCAACGCUUCAAGGUCAUCAGUGGGAUGCAAAAUGCGUAGAUUGGCAUCCAAGCAAAGGAUUGCUGGUUUCCGGCUCUAAAGACCACCAGAUCAAGCUAUGGGAUCCACGAUCUGGCAGAUGUUUAACUACGCUGCACGGCCACAAGAACACGGUCAACAUGACGAAGUUUGAACCUAGCAGAGGCACUCUUCUCGCCUCGUGUGCUCGAGACCAGACAGUACGAAUCUUUGACCUUCACAUGAUGCGAGACGUCUUUCUGCUUAAGGGGCACGAAAGAGAAGUCAACUCCCUAGUCUGGCAUCCGUUCCACUCCAAUCUUUUGACGACCGGAGCUGCAGAUGGUGCGAUGUGUCAUUUUCUUCUAGAUGAGCAACAUCCUCCACCUGGCACACCUCUCUCAGUCUCCCCAUACGAUACUCCCAACCCAGCAGAUACCCCAGCGCAGACCAUUUAUCCCGCACACAAAGUGGCGUUCGCCCACGAAUUCAAUAUCUGGAGCAUGGCCUGGCAUCCAAUGGGUCACAUCCUUGCAUCAGGCUCCAACGAUCGCGCCACUCGCUUCUGGACCCGUCCUCGACCAGGCGAAGGCAGCUUCCAAUACGAUAAGUGGCAUAUUGGACAAGCUGCCGCAGAAGAGAAAGGCACAUGGAGCAAGAAGUCCGAACGCCAGGCACGAGAAGAGGAAGAAGACGAGCAAGACGACGCAGAUGGAAUCGAAGACCAAAGAAUGCCAAACAAAGGCUCCUUCCUACCUGGACUACCUGGACUACCAGGUCUUGCACCUCCGAUGCCACCAGGUUUCACUCCACCAGGAUUUCCGCCCCCGCCACAAGGUUAUCCGCCAGGCUUCCCACCGCCUCCAGGCUUGCCAGGGUUCAACGCUACACAACCUGCUGCUAGCAAUGGCGGGGGAGGAGGCAGUGUCAGGAAACGAGCGCCUCUUCCGUCUCAGGCAGAUAGUUUGAGGGAAGAGAUGAAGCAAGGACGGUAUCUGAAGCCUCGUUAG